AUGGGUCGAGCACUUCUGAGGCAUCCUAAACCGCCGCUCCACCAUCUCCGGCGCCACCAUCGCCCGUCUGCCUCAAGUGGAGAUCAACGCCGUCCUCGACCUCCCGUCCUGUCUACACGAAACCAUCAGGGCCGAGCAGCAGCUGUCCAGCGGGAAAGCGUCCGAAGCGGACACGAUCCCUGCCGGGAUCUAAAGCACGGUGACCCCUAUCUCAUUGAUCAUCUGACUGCACUCUCGCAAGAGGUGUGGCGUCAAGGAGAAGCCCCGCAGGAUUUCGAGGACGCCAAAGUUGUCCACCUCCCUAGGGAAAAGGUAACCGUCAGCUCUGCGACGACCAUGGAGGCACUUCCCUGCAGAACAUCGCCAGGAAGAUCUUCGCUCGCAUUCUCCUCAACCGCCUCAACAACCAUCUCGAACAGGAUCUACUGCCGGAGAGCCAAUGCGGCUUCCGUCGUCAUCGUGAGACCACGGACAUGAUCUUCGCCGCCCGUCAACUUCAGGAGAAGUGUCAGGAGAUGCGGACCCACCCGUACUCUACCUUCGUGGACCUGACGAAAGCCUUCGACACGGUGAAUCGUGAAGGACUGUGGAAGAUCAUGCAGAAAUUCGGCUGUCCGGAGCGAUUCACUCAGAUGGUGCGUCAGCUGCACGACGGUAUGAUGGCGCGAGUCACGGACAACGGAGCUGUCUCAGAGGCAUUCGCAGUGACCAAUGGAGUGAAGCAGGGCUGCGUACUGGCGCCUACCCUCUUCAAUCUUAUGUUCUCUGCCAUGCUGCUGGACGCCUACCGUGACGAACGUCCCGGGAUCUGCGUCGCCUACGGGACGGACGGCCGGCGGCUGCACUUCCAGUCGCGUGUAUCCACAACCACCGUCCACUGUUCGCCGACGACUGCGCCAUUAAUGCAACUACUGAUGGAGACAUGCGGAGGAGUAUAUAUCUCUUCUCCGCCGCCUGCGAGAACUUCAGCCUGAUCAUCAACACGCAGAAGACGGUGGUCAUGCACGAGCCGCCAUCCGACGUUGCCUACGUCGCAUCCCAAAUCCACGUGAAUGGCGCCCAAAUGCAGGUCGUGAACAACUUUACCUACCUCGGCAACACCCUCUCCCGCGCCACCAAGAUUGACGAUAAAGUGGUCCGCCGGAUUUUCAAAGCCAGUCAGGCCUUUUGCCGUCUGAAAACCACAGUCUGGAAUCGCCACGGUCUCCACCUCAACACCAAUCGGAAGAUGUGUAGGGCAGUCAUCCUGCCGACACUGCUGUACGAAGCAGAGACCUGGACAGUGUACAAGAUGCAGGCGCGGAAACUCACUUACUUUCACCUAAGCUGUCUUAGAUGGAUAUUGAAACGAAUCCAUCACAUAGACUGGCGUACCAGUACCUAA